AUGAAACGCUGUAAGUGGUCAGUAUUCCUUUACUGGUUUCUAGUACAUGGGCCAAAAUUAUCUGAAGGAUAUUAUUCUAAUGUAACUAUAGACAGAGCGCCCCGUCAACUAAGAGAAUUCAAAAAUGAGCAUCCGAAACCUAUUGGAAUUAUUACCACUGAAGCCGGUGUCCCAGUCGAUUUAAGAGAUUCUAUAAUUUUAAAUAAAGAUAUAUUCAAUAGUGAAUUCUUCACGGACACUUUAACGCAUUUCGUUGGUGAACCAAUUCCAGAACGUGUUGUCCAAGGCCAUGGUUAUGGUGCCUUUGGAUAUUUUGAAGUAACUAAUGAUGUUUCAAAGUUUACAAGCGCCGACGUGUUCAAUGGCAUUGGGAAGAAAACACCUUUGUUUGUGCGAUUUUCAACCGCUAGACAAAGUAUUAAUGGCAAUGAACUGGUAAGAGAACAUAAAGCGGCAUCUAUUAAAUUUUAUACCAAAGAAGGUAAUUUGGACUUACUUACCAUAAAUAUUCCUGCUUACGACUACAGAGAUCCUCUGGACUUUCCAAACUUCAUUCGAGCUCAGAAGAAACACCCAAAAACUAAAAUUCGUGAUUUAAAUAUGGAAUGGGAUUUUACUACACUAAGACCGUCUCGAUUCCAUGCAUUCAUGUGGCGUAUGUCUGAUUAUGGUCUUCCACUUGGCUUUAGAAAAAUGGACUUUUUCCCACUCCAUGCAUAUGAAAUAAACAACAAACAUGGAGAAAGGUUCAUUGCGAAAUUAAAUUUCCGAACUGAAUUAGGCUUAGCAAAUCUUACAACAAAUCAAGCACUGGCCAUAGCUAGUCAAGAACCAAAUUACUUUUCAAGAGAUUUGUACAACGCAAUUACUAACAAAAACUAUCCAUCUUGGAGAUUCGAAAUGGAUAUCAUGACUUUAGAUGAUGUCAAAAGUCUUGAUUACAACCCCUUUGAUGUCACAAGGUUAUGGAAGGCUGGAACAUUUAAAACGGUUACCGUAGGAAGAUUAGUGUUAAAUGAAAUACCGGACAGUCAUUUCAGGUCUACUGAAAUGAGUGCUUUCAACCCUGCCAAUUUAGUGCCUGGCAUUCCUGGACCCGCUGACCACGUAUUUAAGGGACGUCGACUUGCUUAUCGUGAUGCACACAACCAUCGUUUAGGAAGAAACCACAAUAAAAUUGAUGUGAACUUGCCCAGAGGGCGUGUCUUAACAUACACACGUGACAGCGAUCCUCCUGUAAGAGAAAAUAUGAGAGAUGCUCCUAGUUUCUUUCCGAAUUCUUUCAACGGACCAGUGCCUUAUAUUGAACCAAGUCGUCCUAGCCAAAAAUUGGUUGUUUAUGACAAUAAUAUUGCAGAUUUUGGGCCUGCGUGGUAUUUCUAUAACUACAUUCUGAAAAAUGAAGGAGAAAGACAAAGGUUGGCCGAUAAUAUGGCUUUUACGCUUUUGGAUGUAGAUGAAGAAGUAAGAGAAAGGGGGCUGACAAUGGUGAGCUGGAUUGAUCUAGAUUUGGUGAAAAGGAUCAGGGAAAGGUUUGCAGUUUUGAGGAAAGCAGCGGACAAAGCAAAUCAUGUCGACGUUAAGACAAGGUUUAGCCCUCUAGCUAGCUGCAUUGAGUCGUUUGUUGAAGGGCAAUUGACAAAUCAUUAUUAUUAA